AUUUGAACGCCCUGAAAAUAGAGUAUGUCAUGGUCCUGAACUGGACCAACUUUCUUUUAGCACAAGUUAUUGAGAGAAACCGACCAACUGCUAAGCUCUAAAGUCUGCUGAGCGCUGACAAGUCUCUGUCUUAAAGGGUUUUGUUUUUUUUUUUGGUUUGCUUAGUCAAUAAUCUUGAUUUGCUACUUCAGUGACCAACCGAUCACCUUUCUCUCAACCCAACUUCUACCCUUUUCACUUUUCUUCAAAUUCUGUACUUCCAUAUGAUCCUUGACUCCAUUUCUUGACCAUGAAAAAAUCAACUUCAAAAAGCACAGAGACAAGGGAGUCCAACUACAGGGAGAUACACUGGGAACUGAGGCCUGGUGGCAUGCUUGUUCAAAAGAUGGAUGUUGGGGAUGGCUCUUCUGGGCCUAUGAUCAAGAUCAAGGUCUCUCAUGGCUUGUGUCACUAUGAUAUUGCUGUCCCUGCUCAAUCCACUUUUGGGGAUUUGAAAAAAGUCCUUGCUCAUGAGACUGGUCUGGAAUCUAAGGAGCAGAGGCUAUUGUUUAAAGGCAAAGAAAAGGAGAAUGAUGAAUAUCUGCACAUGGUAGGUGUAAAAGACAUGUCAAAGGUGAUACUUUUUGAGGAUCCAGCCAGCAAAGAGAGGAAGCUUGAGGAUAUGAAGAGAAAUCAGGAUACAUUAAAAGCCUAUGAAGCUGUUGCCAGCGUGAGGGCAGAGGUUGAUAAACUUUGCGAGAAGGUUGUUGCAUUAGAGACCAAUAUUCGCAGUGGGACCAAGAUUGCAGAAAAAGAAUUUUCUGUCUUAACAGAAUUGCUUAUGAUACAAUUGCUUAAAUUGGAUUCAAUUGAGGCAGAUGGACAAGCGAAAGUGCAGAGAAAGAUUGAGGCUCGUCGAAUCCAGAGCUUUGUGGACAAACUCGAGAAUUUGAAAGCGAGAAACUCUAAAUCGUUUAGCCAUAACAGCAACGCAGUAUCGGUGACUACUCAAUGGGAGACAUUUGCGUCUGGAGUUGGAAGCCUGAGCGCCCCUGUUCCACUACAAUCUGCUACAAAACUAACUCAGGACUGGGAGCUGUUUGACUAAUCAUGAGUUCUGUUUACUGGUUGGUUUUUGUACAAAUUCAAAAUGGUUUAUGUUUUUCCAUAGGUGAUAGGACUUGAAGUCCAUGUUGAGUCGCAUCUCUUACUCUUUUGAUCAUCGAGUGCUGUUUCUGCCAAUAAAUGGAGGGGUUUAUUUCGAACUGCUUCCAUAUCUGUACAUGCAGUUUUUCUUAUGAUAGAUGAGUUUCUUCUCGUCUCA